GUGUGGAGGACGAGGAUGAAGACGGGAGGGAGGAGAGGCUGCCAUCUUGCUUCGACUACGUCAUGCACUUCCUGACCGUCUUCUGGAAGGUUCUCUUCGCCUGCGUGCCGCCCACCGAGUACUGGAACGGCUGGGCCUGCUUCAGUGUUAGCAUUCUGGUCAUCGGCAUGCUGACCGCCCUGAUCGGCGACCUGGCCUCCCACUUCGGCUGCACCGUGGGGCUGAAGGACUCCGUCAACGCGGUCGUCUUUGUGGCCUUGGGCACCUCCAUCCCAGAUACCUUCGCCAGCAAAGUGGCCGCCCUGCAGGACCAGUGCGCGGAUGCGUCGAUCGGCAACGUGACGGGCAGCAACGCGGUCAACGUCUUCCUGGGCUUGGGGGUGGCCUGGUCGGUGGCGGCCAUCUACUGGGCUUUCCAAGGCAAGAACUUCGAGGUGCAGACGGGCACGCUGGCUUUCUCCGUCACCCUCUUCACCAUCUUUGCCUUCGUCUGCAUCAGCGUCCUCAUGUACCGCCGGCGGCCGCACAUAGGGGGAGAGCUGGGGGGACCCCAAACCGCCAAAAUCCUGACCACCUGCCUCUUCGUGGGCCUGUGGCUCAUCUACAUCCUCUUUGCCGGCCUGGAGGCCUACUGCCACAUCAAGGGCUUCUGAAGGGGGACCCCCAAC